UGUAACAUGGAAUGGAUCCAUUCAGAAACCUUUUCCUGGUUUCUUCCUAACUUGCCACUCUUUUCCUCUCCCUCCUUUCCCUAUAUAUGCACACUCACCUCUUUUCCCUCCCCGCGUACCAAUUCCCAAAGCUAGCCCUUUCUGUUUCUCCCCCACUCUCUAAUUUUUAUUAUUGCUCGAUCUUUCUGGCUAGCCAGCCGGUGAUUUAACAUGUCUCCUGCAAUGUUAGUAGCUGAUGAGAGGCGCGACGACCAAACUAGUCCACCCGAAAGCCAGCUCCUGAAAGGUGUGAAGCUGCUCUGUGAAAAUGAGCUUCACAGGGUACCCAACAAGUACAUACUACCUGCCUCUGAACGACCCGGCAGUACCAAUACACAGGAUCCGAAUCUUCAGUUACCUAUCAUCGAUUUUGGUGAUUUGCUUGGCCCAAAGAGGCCCCAAGGCCUUAAUUCCAUGCGCGAUGCCUGCCAACAGUACGGAUUCUUCCAGCUGGUGAAUCAUGGGAUCGCGGAAGAUGUGAUAAAGAAGAUGAUAGAGGUGACUGGGAGGUUCUUCAAUCUUAGUUUUGAGGAGAGAUGCAAGUACAUGACCCCAGAUAUGACAGCUCCUGUUCGAUAUGGGACUAGCUUCAGCCAAACCAAAGACACCGUCUUCUGCUGGAGGGACUUCUUGAAGCUGCACUGCCAUCCCUCACCUGAUUUCCUCGCUCACUGGCCUACUUCCCCCUCGGACUUGAGGGAAGUGGCGUCUACCUACGCACAAGAAACCAAACACUUGUUUCUGACACUAAUGGAGGCCAUCCUAGAGAGUUUGGGAAUUGUGGAGGCCAGCCAAGAGGUGACAGAAAAGAAGGGAAUUCUUAAAGACUUCGAAGAUGGGAGCCAGAUAAUGGUGGCCAAUUACUACCCGCCAUGCCCGGAACCAGACCUAACUCUUGGCAUGCCUCCUCACUCUGAUUAUGGCUUCCUCACCCUUCUCCUCCAAGACGAGGUCGAGGGCUUGCAGAUCCACCAUCAACAGCAAUGGCUCACCGUUGACCCCAUUCCUAAUGCCUUCGUUGUUAACGUUGGAGAUCACUUAGAGAUAUACAGUAAUGGGAAAUACAAGAGCGUACUGCAUAGGGUUUUGGUGAACGGUGUGAAGAGUAGAAGAUCGGUGGCUUCGCUGCAUAGCCUUCCAUUCAACUGCGUGGUGCGACCUUCACCAAAAGUCAUAGACGAAAUGAAUCCGAAGCGUUACAAAGACACAGAUUUUGGGAGUUUUCUUGAGUAUAUUUCCACGAAAGAGGCCAAGAGAAAGGAUUUCCUGGAGUCGAGGAAAUUGACUAAUUAAGAGAAAAUUAGUGAAGAUAUAAUGUAGAAAAUAUGAAAGCACAGGAUGUGUUUUGACUUUGUAAUGUCAAAUAUAUGUAACAUCAUUGCCGUUUUCCCUCUCUGUUCUUCAUUCCGGGGCUUUAUUUAGCCGUGUGUAAUAGAAAAUUUUGGCAAUAAGUUUGACAUUAUUGGAUGUUAUCA